GGCCCAUCUGACAGCGAGGAGAGUGUGUUCUCAGGCCUGGAAGAUUCUGGCAGUGACAGUAGUGAGGACGACGAGGGAGAGAAUGGAGCCAGCAGGAACAAGGGUUACGGUGGGACGGUGGAGACCUCUGGGGAACAGGCGCAGGCCGGCCCUCCGAGGACAGAGAUGGUGAGAGUGCAGAGCGGGGACGAGUAUGCGGAGGACAGCUCUGACGAGGAGGACAUCCGGAACACGGUGGGCAACGUGCCCCUGGAGUGGUACGAUGAUUUCCCCCAUGUGGGCUAUGACCUGGAUGGCAGGCGCAUCUAUAAGCCUCUGCGCACCCGGGAUGAGCUGGACCAGUUUCUGGACAAGAUGGAUGACCCCGACUACUGGCGCACUGUGCAGGACCAAAUGACAGGGCGUGAUCUGCGGCUGACUGAUGAACAGGUGGCCCUGGUGCGGCGGCUGCAGAGGGGCCAGUUUGGGGACGUGGGCUUCGACCCAUAUGAGCCAGCUGUGGACUUCUUCAGUGGAGAUGUCAUGAUCCACCCAGUGACCAACCGCCCAGCCACCAAGCGCAGCUUCAUCCCAUCCCUGGUGGAGAAGGAGAAGGUCUCUCGCAUGGUGCACGCCAUCAAGAUGGGCUGGAUCCAGCCCCGCCGGCCCCGAGACCCCACCCCCAGCUUCUACGACCUGUGGGCCCAGGAGGACCCCAGUGCUGUGCCAGGGCGCCACAAGCUGCACGUGCCUGCUCCCAAGUUGGCCUUGCCUGGCCAUGCUGAGUCCUACAACCCGCCUCCUGAGUACCUGCCCAGCAAGGAGGAGCGCCUGGCGUGGGAGCAGCAGGAGCCGGGUGAGAGGAAACUCAGCUUCCUGCCGCGGCAGUUCCGGAGCCUGCGUGCUGUUCCUGCGUACAGCCGCUUCAUCCAGGAGCGCUUUGAGCGCUGUCUCGAUCUGUAUCUGUGCCCACGGCAGCGCAAGAUGAGGGUGAACGUGGACCCCGAAGACCUAAUCCCUAAACUGCCCCGGCCAAGGGACCUGCAGCCCUUCCCCACAUGCCAGGCCCUGGUCUACAAGGGCCACAGUGACCUGAUCCGCUGCCUCAGUGUCUCCCCAGGGGGCCAGUGGCUGGCUUCAGGCUCAGACGAUGGAUCGCUGCGGUUCUGGGAGGUGGCCACUGCCCGCUGCAUGAAGACUGUGCCUGUGGGGGGCGUGGUGCGGAGCAUUGCCUGGAACCCCAGCCCCACCCUCUGCCUGGUGGCUGCGGCUGUGGAGGACUCGGUGCUGCUGCUGAACCCAGCCCUGGGGGACCGGCUGGUGGUGGGCAGCACAGACCAGAUGCUGAGCGCCUUUACCCUGCCGGAGGAGCCCACUCUGCAGCCUGCCCGCUGGCUGGAGGCCUCGGAAGAAGAGCACCAGGGGGGCCUGCGGCUGCGCAUCUGCCACAGCAAGCCAGUGAUGCAGGUGACCUGGCAUGGGCGUGGGGACUACUUGGCCGUAGUGCUGGCCACUCCGGGUCACAGCCAGGUGCAGAUCCACCAGCUGAGUCGACGCCGCAGUCAGAGCCCCUUCCGCCGCAGCCAUGGACAGGUGCAGCGUGUGGCCUUCCACCCCACCAGGCCCUUCCUGCUUGUGGCCUCCCAGCGCAGUGUCCGCCUUUACCAUCUCCUGCGCCAGGAGCUCACCAAGAAGCUGAUGCCAAACUGCAAGUGGGUGUCCAGCCUAGCCGUGCACCCUGCAGGUGACAAUGUCAUCUGUGGCAGCUAUGACAGCAAGUUAGUGUGGUUUGACCUGGACCUCUCCACCAAGCCGUACAAAGUGCUGAGGCACCACAAGAAGGCCCUGCGGGCUGUGGCCUUCCACCCCCGAUAUCCACUCUUUGCAUCUGGCUCUGAUGACGGCAGUGUCAUUGUCUGCCACGGCAUGGUGUACAAUGACCUGCUGCAGAACCCACUGCUGGUACCCGUCAAGGUGUUGAAGGGACACACGCUGACCCGGGACCUGGGUGUGCUGGACGUGACCUUCCACCCCACGCAGCCCUGGGUCUUCUCUUCAGGGGCGGACGGCAGCAUCCGCCUCUUCACCUAGGCUGCCCUGCCCUGCUCCCACUCCAGGGAGGCAUGUGCAAUAGAGGCCUUUCUUCCGCUGCC